CCUCCCUCCUCGCCCCUUACUCUCUCACUCUCUCUCUCUCUCUAAAACCUCUCCUCUGUUUUUGGUUCUCUGUUCACCAUCUCCAAAUUCAAAGGUUCGGUGGUGAAUGUGAGGUCUGAGAUGGACAGUACGGAGCAAUUAGAAGACGAGGACCUUCACCAAGUCGACUCGGUUCUCGAUUUGGCCUCGACGAGUUCGACCGUGUCGUCGAUCUUCGGCAGCGACGACGUUCCGAGUAGCUCCGGCGACAUCUCCGCCGCGAGCAGUAGUUCCGGCGAGAUUCCUUCGGCCUUGUUGGCGGUGCCGCCGCGACUGGUGGUGGGACCGCCGGUGCCGGAGGCGGCGGCUGUGGCGGUUUCGGGGAGAGUGAAGUGCGUGGGGAGGAACAACAAGGGAGUGACGUGGGGGUUCACGUCGGUGAUAGGGAGGAGGAGAGAGAUGGAGGACGCCGUCGCCGUCGUGCCUGGGUUCAUGACUCACACGUGCGAUCACGUGGGAGGGUGCACCGCCCCUGGUUCUCGAAGCUCCGGCGAGAUCUCGCCCCUCCAUUUCUUCGCCGUUUAUGAUGGCCACGGUGGCUCUCAGGUAGCUAAAUUUUGUGCGGGGCGUAUGCAUGAAGUGGUAGCGGAGGAGUGGGAUAGAGAAACAGUCGACGGAUUUGAAUGGCGCCAGAAAUGGGAAGCAGCUUUCUCUAGUAGUUUUGAGAGGGCUGACAAUGAGGUUGUGACAGAGGCAGAAGCACCAGAAAUGGUUGGAUCAACUGCUGUUGUUGUGGUUCUAUCAGGUUGCCAAAUCAUUACAUCCAAUUGUGGUGACUCGAGGGCAGUUCUUUAUCGAGGAGCUGAAACAAUCCCCUUGACUGUUGAUCAGAAGCCUGAUAGAGAAGAUGAACUCAUGAGAAUUGAAGGCGAGGGAGGGAAAGUUAUUAAUUGGAAUGGUGCCAGGGUGUUUGGUGUUCUUUCCAUGUCCAGAGCUAUAGGUGAUAGGUACUUGAGGCCAUGGAUAAUUCCAGUUCCUGAAAUAACUUUCACGACAAGGAGUGACGAGGAUGAGUGUCUGAUCUUGGCAAGCGAUGGUCUUUGGGAUGUCAUGUCAAAUGAUGAGGUCGGAGAGGUGGCUCGCCGCCUCUUAAGGAGACGGCGCAGAUCCAUGACUGAUGAUGAGGUUCCUGUGGCACAAGCCAUUGCUGAUAGUCUCAAAGAAAUAGCUUUCGGAAGAAACAGUUCAGACAACAUUUCUAUCAUUGUUGUUGAUUUAAAAUCGAAGAGAAAACGUCAGCAAAGGCAAUAGAAAAGCGAGUAAAUUCUUUUACUUGUCUCUUUUCUUUCCCCAAAAAUCCAACUCUCUUUCCUGAAGCCCAGAGACGAGAAAGGCUCGAAGGAGUACAGAUGAUCAUGCCUUGAUUACAACCAGAAACUGGUUUUGUUACUGGAGUUAUUACGCUAGACCAUUUCCUAAUUUUAACUGGUUUGGUCAACAAAAAAUUAAAUAUGAAAUCAUUAAAGAAAAAAAAAAUUGUUCAAUUGAAGUUCGAAGGAAAGUUUAGUUUUUCUCUUAUCACUACUCAAAUCCCAUCAGAGGGAAUUUUAAGAAAUGAGGGAAAAUUACAAAUUAUAUAUUUUUUUAAAGCAUUUGCAAUUAUUUUAAUCAUAUUGUUUUAUUUUUAUUUCUAUGCCUCGAGAAAAAUUUAACUAAUGAAUGUGGAUGUAUUUCCAGAAAAAAAGGUUGAUUUUCUCGGAAAGUUUAGUUUUUCUAUGUCACAUCCCAAAGAACUGAAGGACAGAAGGCUCUUCUAUUAGCAGUAAAGCUUCAAAUACACCUGCAGCUUUAGUCUUGAUCACUGAGGAAUAUCUUAUAGUUGCAUAUAUAUGUUUGCUCUUGUGCAUACAUUUGUAUUGGUUUGUUGAUUCAUUAGUUGAUUGCUGAAAACCUUGUGUAAAGAAUUGCUCAUGCAAGAAUGCAGUUUGGUGGCCAUUCAUGGUUUGUGAGGCCCCAAUCUGGAUGAAUUCAAAUCAAACAGUAUGCUCAGAGUGUGUUUUCACUAUAUAUAGAGCCGAGUUUCACGGAAGAAUGUAAAAACAUGUACAGCAACAAUCUAUAUCAAAUUUGAAUCCAUGACUUGUCUCUUGUUAUA